GUUUUUUGGUAUAAAAAACAGGCCCCAGUCUCGAGAUUCCACACACGGCACGCAAGCUAACUUUAAAUAGCAGCCUGAGAGCUAUCUGAUCAGCGGCAAUAGGAAUUGAAACUGAAAUCUGACACCACAACUUGAAGCCUGUGGUACGGUGCUAAGUGCUAACGCUAGCUGAUUCCGCCGGCACUUUCUUUAACGGGUCUGCGACGAUACAGCUAAUAUACAUCCGAGGAGGAAUAAGGAGGUCUGUUACAGUUAAUUAUUAAGUCUAUCAGUCGGUGUUCAGCGUUAAUAAUUUACUCUGCAUCACCCAGAAACAUUUAAAGCUGUUAUCUGAAUUUGUGGGUUAUAAGAUGCCUCAGACGCGGCGGUCACAGACUUGGGCAGAGCUGAAACAAGCUGGAAACGACUGCUUUAAGACCGGACAAUAUGGAGACUCCGUCUCUUUGUACAGCCAAGCCAUCGAGCUGCUGAAGAAAUCGGGAUCGAAGAGCCAGGAAGAUCUCUGUAUAUUAUAUUCUAAUCGGGCAGCUGCUUACUUGAAAGAUGGAAAUUGCAGCGAAUGCAUUAAGGACUGCUCAAUCUCUUUGGAACUGGUUCCAUUUGGGAUUAAAUCACUUUUACGCCGUGCUGCAGCUUAUGAAGCUAUGGAGAAAUACAGACAAGCCUAUGUUGACUAUAAAACAGCCUUACAGAUCAACUGCAACCUGCCUGCAGCUUAUGAUGGAACAAACAGAAUGGUAAAAGCACUGACAGAGAUGGAUGGACCUUCCUGGCGAGAAAAGCUUCCUCCAAUCCCGAAUGUUCCCAUGCCAGUAAAAGAGAAAUUUUUGCAAACAGCAAACUCAACUGUGACUGCACAGCAGAACAACCUAAAUGGAAAUAAACAAAUGGGUGGUGAUGAGAAAAAGGCCAAACUGCUCAAAGAGGAGGGAAAUGCAUUUGUGAAGAAAGGACAGCAUAAAAAUGCAGUGGAGAAAUACACACAGUCUCUUAGCCACGAUCCCACUGAGGUCACGUCCUAUACAAACAGGGCUUUGUGCUAUCUUUCACUGCAAAUGUAUAAGGAUGCACUAAAAGACUGUGGAAAGGCUCUUGAGCUGGAUCCAGCUAACAUUAAAGCCCUGUACAGACGUGCACAGGCACACAAGGAGCUUAAGAACAAGAGAACUUGUGUGGAGGAUCUCAAUAGCUUGCUAAAAAUAGAUCCCAACAACAUUGCUGCACAGAAGCUACUACAAGAAGCACUGAGGAUGAAAUAACCUUUUCUUUUUGGCAAUACCUUAAGUGCCUCAAGUUAACAAUUCUCAGACCUGCACCACUUCUUUGACAUUCACACUUGCUACUUAGAGGGACAUUUUAGAAGUAACUAAUUUCAUAUCACACCCAAAUGUAUUGAAUGUUUCUCUUCUGUAAAUUUAUGCAGUGUUUUCCCAGAGGCACCUCAACACAAUCAAUAUACUUCACAACCAUUUGUCUUAUUUACUGUAUGGAAAAGCAAAGAGUUCUGUAAAAAUGUCAUGCAAUUACUUUGUACUGUCAUUCUUGAAGAUUCUUAAUUUUCUUAAUUUAACAGUUUAGUCCAUAUGUUUCUUUUUGCAUUUGGCUAGAGUAAGGAAAUAAUUAUAUAUAAAUAUAUAAAAAUAGAACACAAGGACCCCCUCACUUAUUUGCUGGCAAAUAGCUUACAGUGACUUCUUGCUGGUUUUCAAUAGCAACCCUAAUAGUACUGCAAAAUUUAAGUGCACAUAGUCAAAAAAAUACAGCUUAAUUAAAUUGAGUUAUUUUGCAGUAUAUACGCAACGUAUCCUUCAUGUAAUUUGUAAUGUGCAUGGUUGUAUGAAAUGUGUGCUGGUUUAAGACUGAUACAAUAACCACUGAUCUCAACUUGAAUAACAGACAGGGAGCAAAUCUAGGCUAGGUGUUUUAAUGCAUACAUAACUAAAACCUAGACCAGCGCAUGUCAUUUUACUGAAUGCAAGUACAUAAUACUGCCACUUAAACAAUAUUUAGUAUACAAGUCAAAACUCAAGCAAAACACGUAAAUUUGGAACCGAUAAAACUUUUAUUUCACUUUAAAUUGUUGUUUACACUUUUCCUGAUUAUAACAUGUAAGGUGAAACUAGAACUGUUUAAAAGACAUACACAAAUCUAGUAUUACGUCAAUAACCAGGGUUGUACUGGGAUUUUUUUUUUCUUUUUUCUUUUUAAUUUGGGACUCUUAAGCUAGUCUAAAUUUUUCACAACCACGUGCGCGCUAAAGCGAUAAAACCAUCACAGAAGCUAACUGGAGGCAGAAUACUGGUCAGUAAAAACAAAAGCGAUUGGAGAUACCAGAUAUACAGACAGGCUCGGCUCCACAUUCACUACUGUACGUUUUUUUUUUUCUCAAGCA